AUGACAGCGUCAGCGUCCAGCGUCACGGACGUCGACAUCGAGAACGUCCCGAAGGAAAAACUGGACGUCAAAGAAACCGAAGAACAACCUGAGAUCGAAUACCCUCCACUUUCCAAGGUCGUCGUCAUCAUCCUCGGUCUGUAUCUCGCUGUCUUCCUGGUAGCCCUCGACCAGACCAUUAUCGGAGUCGCCAUCCCCAAGAUCACCGAUCAGUUCAAGAGUAUUGAAGACAUUGCCUGGUAUGGCAGUGCCUACUUCCUCACGUCGACUGCGCUGCAACCGUCGUACGGCCGCAUCUAUAAGAUCUUUAGUGUCAAAUGGGCCUUCUUGAUAGCCGUCCUCAUCUUCGAAAUCGGAUCGCUCAUCUGCGCUGUUGCACCGUCGAGUACCGUUUUGAUUGUUGGCCGAGCUAUUGCGGGUAUCGGUGUUGCGGGUAUCUUCUCCGGAGCCAUGGUCAUCAUCUCAGUGACUGUGCCUUUGCCUAAGCGACCUCUUGUUUUCGGUAUGUUUGGCAUGGUCUGGGGUAUUGCCUCGAUUGCCGGACCUUUGCUCGGCGGUGCGUUCACCGAUGGUGUUUCAUGGCGCUGGUGCUUCUAUAUCAAUCUUCCCAUUGGAGGUGUCUCGCUCGCCGUCAUCCUGUUUGUUCUCCGACUCCCCGACAAGAACGAGUUCUCCGGCACUCCCAUCCUCGAACGGAUCCGGCAGCUGGACCUCAUCGGCGCCGCUCUACUCAUCCCCGCCAUCAUCUGCCUCUUGCUCGCCUUGCAAUGGGGAGGAAACAAGUACCCCUGGAACAACUCGCGGAUCAUCGGCCUGUUCGUCGGCUUCGGCCUCAUGGCUAUCCUCUUUGCAUUCUCGCAGGUCAAGAUGGCCGACAAGGCCACCCUGCCACCACGCAUGUUCAAGAACCGCUCCGUCCUCGCCGCCACGCUCUAUGCUCUGUUCUUCGGCGGUGCCUUCUUCGUCCUCGUCUACUACCUCCCCAUCUUCUUCCAGAGCGUCAAGGAUUCCUCCGCCAUGAAAUCCGGCAUCCAACUCCUGCCCCUGAUGCUAGCCACCGUCGUGAGCUCGGUUGUCAUGGGCGGCGCAGUCACCGUCGCGGGCUACUACACGCCGUUCCUGAUCGGUAGCACUGCCAUCGCCGCCAUCGGAGCCGGUCUCAUCACCAUGUACGAGAUCGACAUCUCCACGGGCAAGUGGAUCGGCUACCAGAUCGUCCUGGGCGCAGGUGUUGGCGCCGGCUUCCAGAUUCCCAUGACGGCCGUCCAGACCGUCCUGCCGGCAGAGGAUAUCCCCAUCGGCACGGCGGCGGUCAUGUUCUUCCAGACACUGGGCGGCGCGCUGUUCAUCGCAGUGGCGCAGUCGGUUUUCCAGAACGGCCUGAUCUCCGGGUUGGCCAAGUAUGCCCCCACUGUUGACCCGGCGGCGAUUGUCAAGGCGGGCGCCACGGAGAUGAGACCCGUGCUGAUUAAAUUGGGCCAGCUGGAUCAGCUCAUGAACGUGAUCAAGGCCUAUAUGGAUGGAUUGCGGGCUUCAUAUCGUGUCAGUUUGGCGCUGGUGCUGGUCGCGUUUGUGGUCAGCUUGUUGAUGGAGUGGAAGAGCGUCAAGACGGCGAAUAAUGGAGAGAAGAAGGAUGUUAUGGUGGCUGCCAUUUAG